AUGGGUGGGGCUCAAGUUAAUAGCCACGACCACAGCUGACUGAGUCAUUUUAUUUUCCAAAAUGUCCUUUCUGGGAAACAUAGAGAAGGCCUUAAAUGAUGCCGGGAAAGAUAUACAAAGAGUUGUUGAUGAUGGGAUGAAUCUCACCAUUGGUGAUAGACUCAGGCCUGGUAAUGUCGUCCAGUUGACUUCAAAGCUUGGCGGGAAGUGUCUCCGUGUGACAGAGACUGGUGCAGUGGAUUGCUAUGGAGAGGGAGGACCAAAGGCAUCUCCUUGUCAUUUCAUGAUACUUCAGGGCAGUAUCCCAAACACUAUCAGACUCCAUAAUGUGUAUCAGCCCCAAUACUUCCUUGCCAUUAACAGAGGAUACUUCAUUGGGAAUGGUCAAGGUGGCAAAGACUGUGACUUCUAUGCUACCAUUUCCAAUGGGCAGUAUGCUGUAUUUGAGAGUGCAUCUGAGAUGGGGUCGCACAUUGGAGUCCUCCCAUCAGGACAAAUAUCAGCUCCCGCACAGACUAAUAAGUCGACCGAAGCUACUCAUUUUGCUGUUAGAUUCAUUAGGAGGGGUCCAUGAAGAAAAAAAGGAAAGAAAAGAAAAGCUAAAGAACUAGUGAUUUGUCACAAAUAUAGUUGUCAUUGUCCUUUCCUUGUUAUUAUUAUUGUUGUUGUUGUUUACUGUGCAAAAGUCUUGCACGGAUUGGGA